CUUCUAGAUCCUGGUUGUAAUGAUUUUAUGCAUAUAGAUGACCGGUUUUUCUUACAACUACCCUUUUCCCUUGUCUUACUAUUAAGUUUAAGAGGACUCGUCCUUACAACGGCACCCUUCAUCCAAAACAAAGUAUAAUUCAAAAUGGGUCGUGGUGCUGUUCAGCGCAGUUCUGGUGCGUCUUCGGGUCAGAGGCGCAAGAGUGCCACGGGUGACAAAGGUGGGAAAGGUGGGCCCGGCGGUGGCGGAAAUAAAGGUCUUGAAAGCAGCAUCCUCACAAGGAAGAGGAACCUGGACAUGGCGGCUGCGGCUAGUAAUCAAUUGCGUACUAUUCCUUGGAAAAGUGAGUCUGUAGUUCUGGUCUAAUACAUGACGUGACUCCUGAUGACGCGGGACUGACACUGACUCUGUCCGAAAUGGAUGACACGCACACAAACACGCUAGACUCGCCAGCUAGUACCUACUGGUGUAAGUGCUACGGCCACUCCUCGAAGUGGAGAAGGAGAGGGUGGAUCUCCGGUAGAACCUCCAUCAUCGCCAGGACCUGAAGGAGGGAUAUUAUUAUUAAUAAAUCAAGGAAGUGGAAAUUCUGCGGCAGGAAGUAGGGAAGGAACUACAACUGGCGCAGGAGGAGAUCAAGAAGCCCCUCCACGGGUCCGCUUUUCGCUCGAAACCAUUACGACAAGAAGCGAGCGAAGAAGUAAUGAAGAAAGCACUCCAUUAAUCGUAAGCAGGCUCGAACAAGAUACAAUUCAUUUUUUGCUGUGUUCAUGAUGGCAGCACAACAGGCGCAGAGAAGAAGACUGGAGGAGGGCAGGAUCCAUCUCGGGGCAACUUCAGAAAAGGCGGUGAACAAGGAGGUCUUUAUCCUUCCGCUUCUCCCAGAGAAGGAGGUGGAGAAGCAAAUGAAGGAACCCAUGCUCAUCCACCUGGAGGACCUGGCACUGCAGGUUGAGCAGUUCUAGGAGAAGAUGGUCUUCCUAUGCGAUUAGACGGAGAGGAUCGAGAUGUCGAUAAAAUUGCGGGAAAAUUAGAAGACGGUCAUCUUGGGAGGGUGGCGUCGUUUUUUGUUAUGGAUACUUAGACCUUGAGUCAAUUAGAAUUGGAAUUGAAAAGCGGACGACACCCGUGUACUUCAUCUAGUUCUAGUAAAAAGUUGACCUUGAUGGGCUGCUUGAUAUCACCACGACUAAAGAUUACUUAAACGAAAGACAUCUUUUACCAUAAUCAUCCCGCCUACUUCUAUCUAAUCCCAGCGACUUCAUCAAGCAUCACCAGUACUUUUCCACUGACAGCGCAUACAAGAUCUAUCUCAUCAACUGUCCCUUCGUUUUUCGAGCAGUGUGGCGUGGCUUCAGCAUCUUCAUACCACAAGCGACAAGGGAGAAGAUAAAGUUGGUUGGCGCGGAUUAUGCGGCGAAGCUAAAAACAGAAGGCGUUGUUUUAAUCUUGAAUGCGCAAACCAAGGACAAAGCAACUGACUUCGGGAAAUUGAGUACGGAAGUCGCAUGAGAGUCAUCUGCGUGAGACCUUCGUCAGUCGUUAUUGAAAGUUCAAUUUUUUCACCACCACCACGACUGGGUCCUCCAGUAGUCGUAAUCAAUGCGCGACUAGCUAAUCAAGUCGCAUGAUUGUGGUCAGCUACGUGAGAUUUUCGCCAGUCGUUAUUCUUGAAAUUUCAACUUCAUUUUUUCGACUCCGAGCACGACCGGGACGGGGUUCAGCUUCACCAGUAGGCGCAAUCGAUGCGGAACUAGCUAG